GCCGAGCUCGGUCGCCAAUUCCUCGUUGAAACGCGAAUGAUACAUUUCUAAUUUCCAUAAAGAUAAAAUUGGGAGGAGGGUGGAGGAGGGUGCGGCUCGAAGUUCGUGGACGUGGUGGUGGCUGCUGGUCUGGAAGAAGGGAUCGAAACCCUAGGUCGAAUUGAGGGAAGUGGCCCAUGGCGACGCCAUUGGCGGGGGACGGAGUCCUCGCCCUGAUUCCGCAGGAAGUUGUCAACUCAAUCGAUCCAGUGCAGUCUUCUCCUGCGCCGGCUGUUGCAACGGCGACGUUCGGCGGCUUGCCCGAGAGAUCCCCGAUUUUGAUCUUUGUUUAUUUCCAGAAGGCCAUCCGGUCGGAGCUCGAUCGCCUCCACCACGGCGCCGUCUCCCUUGCAACCGAUGGAAGCGGCGAUGUUCAUUCCCUGGCGGAGCGAUGUGUAUUCCUCUAUGAUAUAUACCAGCACCACUGCAAUGCUGAGGACGCGGUUAUCUUUCCAGCUCUGGACAUACGGGUCAAGAAUGUGGCUAGAACAUAUUCUAUUGAACAUAAAGGGGAAAGCCACCUUUUCUAUGAUGUGUUUGUUUUGUUAGUUUCACAUGUGAAAAAUGAGGAUCGUAUUCGGAGAGAACUUGCUCUUCGCAUUGAAUCUACAAAAAUUUCAUUCGGUCAGCAUAUGCCCAAGGAAGAGAAGCAAGUAUUUGUUUCAGAGGAUCAUUUCCGAAGAGAACUAGCUUCUUGCACUGGAGUCAUAAAAACAUCACUCAGUCAACACAUGUCUAAGGAAGAAGAGCAGGUAUGA